AUGCGGCGGCGAGGAGAGGCGGCGGCGGUCACAGGGCUGUGGGUGCUGGUGGCGGUGGGCGCGGCGGGCGCGGCGGCCGGGCGUUGCAUCCUAUCUCACUACCGCACGCUGGAGCCGCGGACGCUGGCGGCCGUCCGGGCGCUGCGCGACCACCACGAGGAGGAGAUGCUGAGCUGGACGCCCCGCAACUGCUCAUUCCGCCCCAGGAGACUGCAGCCACCGCCCUCCGGCUCGUGCAGGCGGCUCCCCCAGGUGGCCCGGGACAUCGCGGAGGCCCAGGCGGUGCUGAUCAAUCUGCAGAGCCCCGAGCGCAUCCCGGGCAUCGACCUGACGCUGGAGCUGCUGGCGGCCGUGGCUCGGGACGUGGCGGCCUGCCUGGAGCUGGUGAGACCAGGCUCCUCCAAGAAGGUGCUCAGGCCCCGGAAGUGGCACCUCAAAGCCCAGACACAGCUCUCUCCCAGGUGCCACCGCACAGCUGUCGUCUUCAACCUGCUGCGCCUGCUUGUCUGGGACCUGAGGCUGGUGGCGCAUUCAGGACCUUGUCUCUGA